AUGCUGUUGGUAUUUGUCUUUCCUUAUGACUUGUCUUUUGGUUUCCAGGGCAGAAGCUUGCUUCAAGUUGUGCCCAUGCAAGGUCCAAGCACCUUAGCAUCUAUACAGGUUAGAGGACUAUAUCGAGGUGCAACUUCUUCUUUUAUUGGAGUGGCAGUUGAAAGUUCAAUUCUUUUUGGHAUUUAUUCCCAAACCAAAAAAUCACUUCAGGGAGAACUGAAUAGCAGUAAGCCACAACUUCAGUUUAUCAUUCCUUCAGCAGCUURUGGYGGAGCUAUAAUCAGCUUAGAUCUUCCAUGUAGGAUGCAAGUUCAAGGGACUGAUUCGCUGGUUGGUAAAUGUGACAAAUACAGUAGUCCUCUUGAUUGUGCUGUUAAAACAAUAAAGAGUGAGGGGCUUAAGGGUAUAUUUCGUGGAGGUACUGCAACUUUAUUGAGAGAAUCUGUUGGAAAUAUGAUCUUCUUCAGCACUUAUGAGUAUACACGCUACUACAUGUACAUGCAAGUGAAUUCUGCUUCAUCUGUCUAUAGCCAUCUGCCAAAUAUAUUGAUUGAUGCAGGSAUUGGUACAAUCACUGGUGGGCUUGGUGGUGUUGCAUACUGGUCCGUGGUUCUACCCUUUGAUGUGGCAAAGACUGUUAUUCGAUAUACAGGAUGAAGGGAAUUAAAGGAUGCUACACUGGCAUUGGUUCCACAUUAGCAAGAGCAUUUCCUGCAAAUGCUGCUGCAAUUGUUGCAUGGGAGCUCACUGCCAAACUUUUAGGGAUUAGGCUCGAUUGAAGGCUUAUUUGAUGAUAGUGGCUUCCAUUAUGCUCCUGUCCUCAUCCUAAUAGCAAACAUGCACUUCUCCAAUGGAAAAUCAUUCAAGUGGCAUGA